AUGUCAUAUUCACGCCCUAGUUCAUCACGCUUGAUCGAAGAGGUGCUAGAUGCAGCUGACCAACUCGAUGACAGCUCAGAUUCUCAUCCGGGAGGUUUAGCACCAACUUCACGCACGUCCGUAACAAAAGUUGUUUCUAUUGUUUCGUCUUUCAACGAGUACAAAAGAUUUCUUGUUAAUGAAAUUGGUUGGGGAGGGAUUCUUAAACUCCCAGCACUCGCCCGACUUAAUCUACGUUUUAGCAAGUGGUGGAUGAGUCGUCUUGAUGGGCCUUCCAUGUCUGUACACCUAAAUGCCACUAAAAGGCUUCGUUUCUGGCCUGGAGAUGUUCACAAAGUAUUUGGUGUGCCAUGUGGGCCCAAAAAUAUUCUUGGGCCGGAUGGCCAAUGCUCAGAAACGACUAUACAGUUCCUACGUUCUGUUCUUGGAAUGCCAAAGAAGGGAAAUCAAGUUCUAAAAGCUGCUGAAUCCAACCUCACUCGUCCUUUGUCUGAGCAUUGUUCUAGUAAUUUAGAGAAAGAUUGUUUCAAGAUGGCAUUCGUUAUUUUCGUUAUCGGCCACCUUCUUGCUCCUUCUAACAAGCACGACACAUCAAUAAUUGACUAUUGGGGAGAAAUAGCAAACACUGAUAGGAUAGCUGACUUUGAUUGGUGCAACUACGUUCUAUCCGAUUUGAUUUCUGCAUCACAACAAGUUCAAUCAGACAUGCGCAAUAACAAGUUAAAGACCCAUCUUCAAGGAUGUCAUGUAUUCCUCCAGGUAUUUGUUCUUGACAACCUAAACCUCGGAAUUAACAAUAUCCCUCACGAUACUUAUCCAAGAGUUGCCUCCUUCGACGAUAACAAAUUACGACGCAUGAUAUUGGCUACCACAAGUACCGACAAAUUAACGUGGGACUACUCUUGUGCUCCGGUGUCAUCUGAUAUUGGUAUACUUCUAAGACGCAACAAUGCCAUUGUAACUAGAGAAGCCACAUCAUUGCGGAGUUCCAUUCUACGCGAGAACACGGCAUUUCUUGACAAACUAAUGUCCCUUCUAUCAUCAAGUUGUAUUUGUUGUAGCAUUUGGUCUCUUCCAUGUAUAAUGCAGAGUUCGCCUCCUAUGAGCACAACUCAUCAAAAUUUAGCUUUAAGUGGUCGUAAAUUGGACAUGUCAGAUUCUGAAGGUGAGACUUCCUCGUCCACAAGCAAGGUUCCUUUUUUCAACCGCACUACACAAGAUAGUGUCCCAACCACACACUCCAAGAAACGACCUAGGAUUAACUCUCUUCAAGCAAAUUCUGUGACACCUCCGUCAUUUGCCACCACUUCAAAUAAGCCUUCAACACUACAGCUAGCUAAGACAUGGGCCGACACAAUCGCUUGUGGUGUUUUGAUGUUCAAUGAUGACCAAAACAUACCUGAUGGAGCCGUUACUUUUGCCCAAUUAUCUGAUCAGCUGCCUACUAAAUCAGCGUCUCGCCAUCUAAAGUACGCUACUGACCAUUGGACUGCACGUGCUUAUCAGCCUAAACUGAGUAUUGACAGCCUUGCUUCUGUUGAACAAUUCAUGAACAAACUAUCUGAAGAUGUUGCUAGGAGGCCUUGGGUCAGACAUGAUUAUCCAAGAUUCAUUUCAAUCAAUGGAUCUUCCAUUAGAGACCAGUUAGUUGGUGAUACACCACUAGACCAUGAAGUAUGCUCUUUAAUCGUCCGGACUAUUGUUAUUAAUGACAACAUUUUCCUAUAUCCCUCAGGCGGCUUUUGGCGUAUUUUCUUUGAACCAGAUUUAUCGACAUGUAUUCUUGCUGGCGAGAAUCUAUGGGAAGUACGCUCCAUACAAAACCAAUUCCUUAGCCAACGAGCGUCAACUCAUCUAUCGAAUUGUAAAAUGUUCAUCAUGCCGGCAACGCUUCAGACUGGCUGGUGUGCUUACGCAUGGGACAUGGAACGCAAACUUAUACACAUACUAAACCCUUGUGCCGACUCAGCCCAAUAUAGCUCUCUAAAUACCACACACGAUUGCAUCGCCGAAAAACUUCAUGUUGGCCUUUACUCCUGUCUAUUCAAAUUUUUCAAUACCUGGCACGUCGACUGUUUGAAUUGGAAGAAAGUAUAUGAUAUACUUGCCUCCGAAGUUUUCACCAAGGAUGAAUCUGACUUGGCUAUGAUUCAAAUGGCCUGUUCUUUCAACGGCGUUGGUGUGUCUGAAAUGCUUAACAAGGUAAAUGUGAGGAUCCAGAAAAUUAAUUUGGUUGCAGACGUUGCCAAACUCAUUCACAACGCCGGAGAACCGCCUGUCGAGCUUCACGCCAUAGUCAGCUAG